UUAAUUUAAUAAAAGUUAUUAGAAGGCGGGCUUACGUGUACUUUGAUAAAGGCUAUAUAUUAAUCAGAUCAUCACUGAUUGCAUUCAGAAUAAGAUAGAGAUGUCAACGCAACAGCAGCAGUUAGACUUUAUUGAACGCCAUCUGGUGUACGAUAUUUUCAAGGAUUUUGGACCGGAGGCUUCUCUGGAUUCCCACAGUGUUGAGUGCUCCAAUGGCCUGGAUGGAUUCAUGUCUGCCUUGUAUACGGUUACCCUGGAUCUAGUGAUUGCCGAGCGUAAGCGUACGGAGGUCAUUCUGGUGAAAUUCAUGAAAGGUACAGAAGAGUUCCGGGAGAGCAGUAAUUCGUACAUCCAGUUUGCCAACGAAGUUUAUGCCUAUGCCGAAAUCCUGCCAGCCUAUGAGAAUGUCCUAAGGACAAGUCAUCUGGCCAGUGAUGUGGUGUCCAAUUGGGUUCCUCGAUGCUAUGUCGCCAGAUUUGGUCAAGUCGAUAAUCUCAGCAACGGACGGGAAUCUGUUUUGGCUCUAAAACAUCUGAAGGGCGAUGGCUACCAGUUGGGUCCAAGGCUAACCCUUCGUCGGGAUCAGCUGGAGGCGAUGGUGGGUCUAGUAGGACCCUUCCAUGCGCUUGGCUAUGCCACAAAAAUCCUGCAGCCGAAUGUUCAUGCCCGUUUGCGUGCCGGAGUGGUGGACAUGCCCUUUGUUUCCAGUUCAGGAAAAGCAAUCUUUGAUGUCCUUUAUCGCGUAGCUUUCGACCGGUUCUUCGAGUUCUAUGACCGCAAGAAGGAGCCUCUGGAGGGUACAAAUGAUGGAUUUAGUGCUGCCAUUGAGCGGCUGCGUGAGAAGUAUUUUAAACACCCAACUCAAUUGCUGGAGAAGAUUCGCACCAACUCCUAUGCCGAAAAUCAACCAGAUAGCCAUUUUGCAACCUUUCUGCAUGGGGAUUACAACAGGAACAAUGUGCUCUUCCACUACGGAGCCGACGACAAGGUGGAUGGCAUCAAAGCCAUCGAUUUCCAGGAGCUGCGCUUUAGUACCACGGCCAUUGACCUUAGUUUCUUCCUAUACAUGAACACACCAUCGGAGGGCAGGGACGAGAUUUAUGCGGAUUUGCUCCAGAAGUACCAUACCCAUAUGAUUGAAAUGCUUGAACUAGUGCUGCGCCGCAACCAAGAUGAGUUGACCGAGGACCGUGUGAAUAAUCUGCUGAAGGAAUUCAGUUUUGAACGCUUUAUUGCCCACUUUAAACGUUAUGCUUUCUACGGAUCUAUGGUGUGCAUGCAUUUCUUGCCCUGGCUGUUGGGCAAUGAGAAGGAUUGCGCCGAGUUGUCUCGACUGUUUGAUACGGAUAUGCACGGUCCUGCCUUCCACCAGUUGUCCCUGGACAUUGCUGGAGACGAGGCAAAUGAGGAGAUCUUCAAAACUGUCCGUCACGCCUACGAGCAUGGCUACAUGGACGAGAUUUAAAUACUUUUACAUUCAAUUUAUAAUUAAUACAUUAAUCAAAUUCAAUUUGAGACUUUAUUAACUAUUUACAUGUUAACAUCGCAAGUUAAUGCUAAAUGAGCGCACUAAGGUGGUAAUUGAGGUAAAUAAUGCCUAAAUGCUCCUAUAUUCAAGCGGAAUAAAAUCAAAUGUGUCUUUAA